CACCUAAAUUAAAAAAGGAAAAAAAUUAAGAGAGACUGAAAUUUUAUCACCUACCACUUGAUAACUCCAUCUCUUCUUCUUCCACCAGAUUUCACAGCUCACGUUUUAAAGUUCUUCUUCUUUUUUUUCUUUUGUUUAUUUUAAAACUUUCAUCUUUCUUGUUGUUUUCUUCUUCUUCUUCACAUAAGAAGUUCAACAUUAUUCUCUACAGAAAAAAAAAUCUGUUUCUCCAGUUUUCAUCUAAAAGUUCUUGUCCUUUUUCUUUGAAGAGUUUCUCUGAUCAAGGUUUCAUUCUUAGAGAUUAGGAAGUAACAAUGUCUGGACUAAAGAUCUGGCAAGCAACAGUUAUCUCCAUUGCCUUGUUCAUCAUAGCCAUACUCUCUGUUCUUUCUUUUUGUCUCAUAUGGAAAAAGAAACCAAGAAUAUCCAAAACCUUAAGCCUUCCCAUCAUCCAAACCCCUCCUAUAUCCAAAGAGAUCAAAGAAAUCAGAAUUGAGCAUGUCUCAAACUUUGACCCUCAAAAGAGAAACAUCAAUGAACCUGACAGCUUCUUGCUCAGUUUGGAUAUGGAGAAGAAGAGAAAGAACGGUGUAAGUAGCAGCCCAUCUGGCUCAGGGGAAGAAGGCGGCUCUAUGUGUGUUGCAAACAUGUCUUCAUCAUCAUUGUAUGAGAUGGCUACACCAUCACCUCUCUCCGGUUUGCCUGAGUCACACCUUGGUUGGGGUCAUUGGUUUACUCUGAGAGAUCUUGAGGUAGCAACAAACAAUUUCUCACAAGAAAAUGUGAUUGGUGAAGGAGGCUAUGGUGUUGUAUACAGAGGAGAGUUGACCAAUGGAACACAUGUAGCCGUGAAAAAGAUCUUGAACCAUUUGGGACAAGCUGAGAAAGAGUUUAGAGUAGAGGUUGAUGCUAUCGGUCAUGUGCGUCACAAGAACUUGGUACGUCUUCUUGGAUACUGCAUUGAAGGCACACACAGGAUACUGGUUUAUGAGUACAUGAACAAUGGGAACCUAGAAGAAUGGCUUCAUGGAGCAAUGAGACAGCAUGGAUACUUAACUUGGGAGGCAAGAAUGAAAGUUCUCACCUGCACAUCCAAGGCACUUGCGUAUCUACACGAGGCAAUCGAGCCAAAAGUAGUACACAGAGACAUCAAGUCCAGCAACAUAUUGCUCGAUGAUAGAUUCAACGCAAAGGUUUCUGAUUUUGGCCUUGCCAAGCUGCUUGGAGAUGGGAAAAGCCAUGUGACCACUCGAGUGAUGGGAACAUUUGGGUAUGUUGCUCCGGAAUAUGCGAACACAGGACUUCUGAACGAGAAGAGUGAUGUGUACAGCUUUGGUGUCUUGAUCUUAGAAGCAAUAACCGGAAGAGAUCCUGUGGACUAUGCACGUCCUGCUAGUGAGGUGAAUCUAGUUGAGUGGUUGAAGAUGAUGGUAGGAACUAAGAGACUGGAAGAAGUCAUUGAUCCAAACAUAGCGGUUAAGCCAGCGACAAGAGCACUGAAACGUGUUCUUCUUACAGCACUAAGAUGCAUUGAUCCUGACUCUGAAAAGAGACCUAAAAUGAGCCAAGUUGUUCGUAUGCUUGAGUGUGAGGAAUAUCCCAUACCAAGAGAGGAUCGGAGAGGGCGUAGAGCGCAAGAGGAAAACUCGGAUACCGAUAGAAGCACACCGGCUUCAAGAUCACAGAGCAAGAGACUAUAAUAACCAGAGAUCUUUGCUGGUGUGACUUGUUCUCUGUUCAUUGGAAGUUGUUGCUUUUGCAUUUUCUUGUUCUUGUUUUUUUUUUUGGGAUUCUACUUGUUUUAUUUCUUCCGGGUUUGCAUUUUGAAUGAACAGAUGGUAAGUAGAGAGGGAUAUAUUUAGAUACGUGUGAUAUGUAACACAUAUACUCAACAUGUUUGUAUAUGGGACUGGAUUUGUAUCGAGACUUACAUAUCAGUAUUAAUAGUUUGGUGUGUA